AUGGAUAUCAGGAAGAUGAACCUGACCCUAUUACUUCUUACACCCUUCAUCAUUAUGAGUCAUUUGCAUGCCCAAUCCAAUCCAUCACAUAACAAUAGUCUCAUUGUGGCAAAGGAGAUUCCGGUAGGACUGAUUCUUGAUUUGGGAUCAUGGGUGGGGAAGACUGUUCAUAGCUGCAUUACGAUGGCUAUUUCUGAUUUUUACGCUCAAAAUAGUCACUACAAAAAGAGGAUAGUUCUGCACACAAGGGAUUCCCAAGGAGAACCCCUGCACGCUUUAUCAGCAGCUCUUGAUCUUUUGCAAAAUAACAAGGUACAAGCCAUCGUUGGCCUGGAAACGCCAAUGGAAGCAAAGUUUUUAGCCCCAUUGGGAGACGAAGCCAAAGUUCCUAUCCUUUCUUUUACCACAAUUCCUUCAUCCUCCAUUAAGUACCCUUAUCUUAUUCAAAUUACAGAAGAUGAAACCACUCACUUUAAAGGCGUUGCUACCAUUGUAGAAUCGUUUAAAUGGAGGGAAGAUGAAACCACUCACUUUAAAGGCGUCGCUACCAUUAUAGAAUCGUUUAAAUGGAGGGGUGUCAUUUUUAUAUACGAGGACACUGAUCAUGGGAGGGAAAUCUUACCAUAUUUAAUCGAGUCCUUCCUGGAGAAAAACCUCCAUAUAGCUCAUAGAACUGCCAUUUCUCCCUCAGCCAAUGAUCAUCAAAUCCUUCAAGAAUUGCAUAAGCACAGGAGUAUGCAAGCAGCGAUAUUUAUUGUGCAUAUGUCACCUUCUCUUGCAUCUCGCCUCUUCUUGAAUGUGAAAAGGUUGGGAAUGAUGAGUGGAGGAUAUGCUUGGAUUAUAACGGAAACGACCAUGAAUCUUUUGCAUUCCGCGGAUUCNCCUCUUGCAUCUCGCCUCUUCUUGAAUGUGAAAAGGUUGGGAAUGAUGAGUGAAGGAUAUGCUUGGAUUAUAACGGAAACGACCAUGAAUCUUUUGCAUUCCGCGGAUUCAGAAGUCAUCAAAUCAUUGCAAGGGGUAUUGGGUUUCAAGUCUUACAUUCCAUCAUCAAGGGAGCUGCACAACUUUACUAGAAGGNUCAGAAGUCAUCAAAUCAUUGCAAGGGGUAUUGGGUUUCAAGUCUUACAUUCCAUCAUCAAGGGAGCUGCACAACUUUACUAG